AUGUCGAUGAUGAUGCCGCUGCUCGUGCCGCUGCUUCUCUCGCGCAAAAAAAGAGUUCGAUCGACGGCACUUUUCACCACCGAGGAGAGUACUUUUGAUCUGCUCAUGAUGUUGAUGUUCUCGUUAUUCUCGUCGCGCGAUUGGAACGACGAAAUUUCUCCAUUUUAUCCGCUCUCGUUCUCGGUCGCUUCCUCCUUUUCCUCCUCCAUUCGGCGCAUGCUCCUCGCGCAGAAGAGAUUCAGAGGCAUUUCUUUCUCGUCUUCUUCGUCUUUGUCUUCUUCUCGGGGCUGCCGCUGCGUUUGGUCGCGAGGAUAUACUUGGUGUUACGAGAGGCGCUUUGGAGGAAGAACAACACCCCGCUUCUCGUCGUCGUCGUCGCCGUCGAAUACCCCCACGGAAAGGAGAGAAGAAGACAAAGAAGAAGCACUAAAGGAGGAGAUCGAAAUAAUGACAAACCCAAGAUCGCCGAGGAGUCACGACGGUGAUCAUUUCCGAGGUCAAACGGUGCAGGAAACCGUCGCGUAUAAGAGAUAUUUAGCGGUGUACGACCGAACGGUUGAGUUCUCUUCCCCUGCGACAACACCUGCAAAUGCUGAAGAAAAGAUCUCGAUUAAAUACGACAUCGUCGGCCAUCCUCGGUCGGGGUUUCGAUUCGUCGCGGUUCUGCCGUUUCACAGCGGGACGAGAGAGUUUACCGUAUGCCGCGAGUACAUUCAAUCAGUGAACGCGAGCGGGGUGACGGUGCCGACAGGAGGGCACGAGCCGGAGAAACACGGCGAGGAUAUCGCGAACGCGGCGAAAGCGGAGAUGAACGAGGAGGCGAAGUUGGUUGGUGGGAGACUGGUGAAUUUGAUGGAGAAGAAGAGCGAGAACGAAGGAGAUAGGGAAGUGGGCGAGGAGGAGGGUUUCAUCGAGACGAAGUGGUGUAGGAAUAAGUUCGUGCCGUUUUUAUGCGUGGAUCCAAAGGAUGUGGAGGAAGGUCAAGAAGGUAAAUUAGACGUGGAGGAGUUCGCAUUGGAAACGUUUAGGGUGGAUUUGAAGGAGUUAAAGAGGAUGAUGUACUCCGGGGAGAUGAUGUUGCCGAGUAUUAUCACGUGUCAGAUGAGUUUGGACUAUUUAGUUAAGAGCGGUUUGAUUUCAAAAGACGAGUAUCACGGGUCUUCUUAA